AUGAACCAGACUGAGAUGAACCAGACUGAGAUGAACCAGACUGAGAUGAACCAGACUGAGAUGAACCAGACUGAGAUGAACCAGACUGAGAUGAACCAGACUGAGAUGAACCAGGCUGAGAUGAACCAGACUGAGAUGAACCAGACUGAGAUGAACCAGACUGAGAUGAACCAGACUGAGAUGAACCAGACUGAGAUGAACCAGACUGAGAUGAACCAGACUGAGAUGAACCAGACUGAGAUGAACCAGACUGAGAUGAACCAGACUGAGAUGAACCAGACUGAGAUGAACCAGGCUGAGAUGAACCAGACUGAGAUGAACCAGACUGAGAUGAACCAGACUGAGAUGAACCAGACUGAGAUGAACCAGACUGCAGCAGAUCCAUCUCUCUGCAUCUGGACCAAACCCUGGAGACUCUGA